AUGGACAUCGGAAAAGGGCUGCCCUCAGCCUCUUCUCUGGUUGUGAAUAACCCGUCAGCACCUCAAAGAAGUAGUAGGAGGGCCUCCAGGCGGGAGCGGGGGCCCUCCACCCGGGCCAAGGCCCUGCUGAGCCCUGAGCAACGGAGGGAGGGAGGGAGGAGGCGGGAUGCGGCGGCCGGGCUGGGACUGAUUCUCCCGCGUUUCCAGAUCACCAGUGCUGCAGACUCGGAGGCCAUCACCUUCCAGAAGCUGGUGAAGGGGCACGCGUACUCGGUCACUGGCGCCGAGGAGGUGGAAAGCAGAGGAAGCCUGCAGAAGCUGAUCCGCAUCCGGAAUCCCUGGGGAGAGGUGGAGUGGACCGGGCAGUGGAACGACAACUGCCCAAACUGGACAACUAUUGACCCUGAGGUGAGGGAAAGCCUGACCAGACAGCAUGAAGAUGGGGAAUUCUGGAUGUCUUUCAAUGACUUCCUGAGGCACUAUUCCCGCCUGGAGAUCUGCAGCCUGACCCCUGACACGCUGACCAGUGACGCCUACAAGAAGUGGAAACUCACCAAGAUGGAUGGGAACUGGAGGCGGGGCUCCACCGCGGGCGGCUGCAGGAACUACCCGAAUACCUUCUGGAUGAACCCUCAGUACCUGAUCAAGUUGGAGGAGGAGGACGAGGACCAGGAGGACGGGGAGAAUGGCUGCACCUUCCUGGUGGGUCUCAUCCAGAAGCACCGGCGGCGGCAGAGAAAGAUGGGCGAGGACAUGCAUACCAUUGGCUUCGGCAUCUAUGAGAUUCCAGAGGAGUUCACAGGACAGACCAACAUCCACCUGAGCAAGAACUUCUUCCUGACACACCGAGCGAGGGAGCGGUCGGACACCUUCAUCAACCUGCGGGAGGUGCUCAACCGCUUCAAGCUGCCCCCGGGGGAGUACAUCCUGGUGCCGUCCACCUUCGAGCCCAACAAGGACGGGGACUUCUGCAUCCGGGUCUUUUCCGAGAAGAAAGCCGACUACCAAGUCGUCGACGAUGAAAUCGAGGCCAACCUUGAAGAGAUACCGUACUGCUUGAGCCCCACCCGCUCUGUCCUGAACAACCCAGGAGCAGCGGAGCAGAAAAUAACCCCAAGGGUUUAGGAGGCCCCCAGGAUUUCACGAGCACAGCUUGAAACUAGGAUUGAUGUCAGCGAGGACGACAUCGAUGAUGGAUUCAGGAGGCUGUUUGCCCAGUUGGCAGGGGAGGAUGCAGAGAUCUCUGCCUUUGAGUUGCAGACAAUCCUGAGGAGAGUUCUGGCAAAGCGUAAGUACCCACUCCUCGCACAUCCCUCACCCCGCUCCGUCUCCUGCAACGUGAGGGGACACGGGGAUCCUUCCCCGGCUCAGCGGCGGUGGCUGAACCGUCACUCCCACUCCUGCUUAAAUACCACCGUCACCACCAAAGAACCGGAUGAAGGAGGUUCUCCCCGAUGUGAUCAAAAAGGGCGAAGGUUUCUGGAGUCUAGAGGUCAAAGAUCACAUCCAGGUUUCCAUGACUUACUAGCUCUGUGAUCUAAACCGAGUUAGAUAGAUAAUCUCCCUGACUCUUGUUUCCUUAUCUGCAAAAUAGGCAUAUUAUUACUUAACCUCUUCAGAGUGGUUGAAUGUCUUAAAUGAGAUGACGUGUAGGAAUUGCCUAGCACAAAGCCUGGGCUACGUAUACGGUGACUCUUAUGAUGAUUAAUUGCUAAGAAAAAGCGUGAUGGGAGCCAGAAAGCAUCCCCAUCCCUGGAUUCCGGGCUGUAUUUAGUGGGGAACCACUGACAGAGUGACGACAGCUCACUGAUGAGCCGGAAUGGAAAAAUAAGUGGUCCAUCUUCCACUCCAGCUAAGGGGAUGGCAUUAAAAAGGCUCAUCUCCCAAAUGUGUGUUUAAGGGAGGCUGGUCGAGCCAGUUCUUGAUGGGAGAAAUGUCACUUCAGUUGAGCCAGUAGGCCAGGCAAGUGGCUUCAAAGCUCCAGAAAUGACUGCUCUCAGCCCAGGCUGAUGGGCAUCUAAAAAGAACGGACAGAACUGGGUGGAGACUUGAGAAGGAGCUGGAGAGCCAUGGUCCUCACGCACCUUUUCAGGUUAAACUGUUUCUUAAGCCAAAAAUAUCAAAGGAUGGAUUGUCCACCUCCCCAGUGUUGAUCACCGCUGCAGGGGGUGGGGAGAACACACCCACGCACACACCCACACACACUGCUAUUCUCCCCCUCAAGUUAUCACCAGAACUGUGCUGCUUUGAUAAGACAGCAGUCCACUGAGCAGGGGUCUGUACGGUAUCAGGAGUUCUCAGCCCGGACCCUAAAUGAGAGCGUAUGCCGUCAGGUCUGAACGUCAGCCUGGGGAUGGUCUCCAGAAGUCCCGUGGACUUCACUCUGGCCCAACCCCAAGAGAUAAAAAUCCUCCUCUUGAAGCCAAAGAAGGAUCCAGGCCAGUGGGGUCUUCCAUCACAGUGCACGUGAACGACACGCAUGUGGUCCCUCACAGGAACCACGUGUGACCGAUCCAUGCCCUGUGGCCUCCAAACGAACGGCUGCAUUUGAGCUUCUUCGCAGAGCUGCAGCCACGGGGUCCAGCGGCCAGGGUAGGACUUCCCCAAGGCAGACCCUGGUCCUCGGCCCCCUCCUCCGAUCUGGGGGUGACGAGACGUGGUGUUUACCCUCGAGGCCACCAGGCACGAGUGAGGUCACAGGCUGUUAAGCUGUGUGGUUGUCAUGAACCCAGGGACACUGAGCCCCAUUGUCAGAUAACUGUGCUAGGCAUUUUUAUAAUUGUCUUGUCACAGUAAUCCUGGGAAGUGAACCUAUUACCCCCAUGUUCUAAGUGGUGUAUCUUAAGUGUAGAAUUCCUAUAUCCAACAUAAAUGGCCAUGUUGAAAGAAGGAAAGAUGUCAUUCAAGUGUUUUCCUAUUCUUUUUUAUUAUUACUAUGCCCUUUGCAAUGCGACACUGUGAAAACAGCCCUUUGGGGGCAUCUCCCUUUUCCAGAAUCUCUCCUUGGCUCACCACCAGCUUGGUUUCCUCAUGGGGAGUGUUUUACUUGGCCUUCCUAUAUCUGAUAAAGCUACAAACAAACCAGGAGAGGCCAGCAGGGUGUUAGUGCCCAGAAGGGAACGGCUUUGGGAUUUCAGGCGCAUAUCUCUUUCCUUGGAAUCCUUUCAGCAUGUGGAGAAGGAGGCUGGUAUCUGCAGUUAGGUAUCAGAUGUGACCAGAACAGGCUUUUGAGUAUUCUGAUUUCUUUCCUGGGUCCCAAGGCUUGUUUCAUCCCAGGAUGCAUCUUUUUAAGGUGAAAAGCCUUAACCUCCGGAGAAGUUUAGGAGAGUCUGAUCUCCAAAGGUGGAGGAAAGGCAAUACCUGGACCAUUAACUUGAAAUCCUUUCUUGUGAGCUAGGGUUUGACAUCUCUUUUUGAUCUUUGGACUGGGGCCUCUAUAUUUUCCAGGCUAGUUUAAGCAUUGAAACUAGAUGUGAAUCUCUUUCAAGACCUUAAAUGUUUUAGAUAGUCAUGUAGUGACUUGGAUAGGCAUUUAACUAAUUUGUUCCAAGGUCAGAAGAGCCCAAGAAUUCCCCAGAGUUCCUCUCUUUGCUUCUAAAGGCACAACCUCUAAAGAAGAUGACUCAUGUCUCCAUGGCAACUGUUAAAGGUGCUGCCUAGAGGGGACCUGCCUCCACCCUCACUUACUUAGCUUGAAAGAAUCAAAAGAAUUUCCUUGUGUCAAGGGGGUGCUAUGUCCAGUUUUCUUAUGAAAACUGUUGUCAAGAUUCCUGCCUCUUUCUGACAUGGUAGCUGUCAAAUUCCUUCAAGAUGAUGUAGGAAAUGGCUCUUAUCUCUUGGAAGCCAGAGAAAUUGCUUUAAUUCACCAAGACUCACCCCUAAACCAAAGGCCUUAUUCUAAUACUGUCUUCCCUCUCUACUCUGAAUUCUCCCUUCUUUCCUUUCCAGGGGUUGUUUUUAGCCCAAGGCUUUGCAUCUGAUUGAGUAAGACUUAGAGGCAGUAAAAAGAACACCGUGAACUCAGCCAGAACUGCCUUAGGGUCCCUAGGGUUGAGAAUAGCUCUAGAACCUCGGGGACCCCUGGGCUUAGACCCAGAAGUGAUAGAACAGCCCCUGAUUUCUGGCAUUUCAGUCCAGAUCUUCAAGGACUGUUCUCCCUUGACAGUCAAGUGAGCAAGGAAAGUUUCGCAGUAGAUUGCAAGCCAGCUUUUCCGUAUCUAUUUUCCUGGAGCAGAACAAGGCAGCUGCCUUAUAGGACUCUAAAUUUGGAUCAAUUUCCUAACACACACACACCCCCCACAGAAAGAUACAUGGAGAAAAAAUAUAUAACUACUUUAUCAGUGAAGUACUUCAAGGAAGAGCUGCAUUUUGCUGUACUGUAAUCUCUAAGAUAAUGUCUAGGAAAGCAUUCGUGUAAUUAUAAUAAUACCAAACUAGGAAAAGCUAGUGAUCACUCUCACGAAAGUCUGAGUUAGACUCGACUAGGAGGAUGAAGGUCUGCUGGUCGUCAGGUCUUGUGCCCUCUCCGUGCCAGGAUGCCUGCCACUAGCAUCUUUCACUCACCUGGGCUUUAACCUGGACUCUGGCAGCCUUUCCCAGCUCCAGGCACAUACAGGACCCAUCCCUCAGGACACGUGCCAGGUCUAGCCGUAUACCCCAGCGUUUCUCACACGCUCUCCCACUCAGCCAGUAUGUCCCUGACUGUGGCACUUCAGCAGCUCCACUGGGGCACUGGGACGCCAGCGACUGGGGUUGGGGCCCCUUCGUCUAGGUUGGCCCAGAUGUAACAUCUUUAGCAUUGCCUCUUCCAGUGUCGGGCUCUCAUUUAUUCGACAGAUUAUUUGGAGCCCCUAGUAUACUCCAGGCACUGAGCUAAUCCCCAGCAAUACACGGUUGACCCAAGCCCAGCUCCCGCCCUCGAGGAGCCCACCAUUAGUGGGGAAGACAGUGUGGGAAGUGCCGCUGCAGGGAAUUACUGGGUGCCGUGGGAGGCGCUCAGAGGCACAGCCGCCCAGCUUUGGAAAUCGGGGGCUUCCUAAAAGAGGGGACAUCAAAGCUCCAGUUUGUCAGAGGCCUGAGGGAGAGCAUUGCAAAGGGCCUUCCAGGCCGAGGGGACAGCAUGGCGCUCGGCCAAAGGAGGGACAGCGUGGGUUGUCAGGGCCUGUGUGCAGAGAAGCAGCUGGAGCUAGGAGUUGAGGAGGGAGAAGAGAGGGACGUGGCCAGGGCAAUCAGUGACCCAGCCCAGGGGGCAUAAAGAGAGCUGUAGGUGACGCUCUGCCCCCUCUGAAGCCCACUGCCGAGGUCACCCAGCGAGGUAAGUGUGAUCCCCAUCAGGACCAGAUUUUCCCUCCUCGCCGUGGAGGUACACGGUUGCUCGCUGAGAUGAUUUAUUCCUGUGUCUCCUCCACCCCUCCCCCAGCUCCUUGUCCUCUCCCCCAGAGGUGUUUGAUUUCAAGAGCUUUAACCUGGGCUGGAUUUAGAGACAUACAGGGGACAGCUCUGGGUCAUCCUGACCUGGCUGUAGAACCACCAAGGCUAAAAAUACCUCUUGGGAACAAGGCGGCCAAGACCCCGGGAUGAGGGUGUACCCUAAGAUAAAUACACGGGAAGCCACCUAGGGCUUCCCAACUCGGGGGUGUGAGGUCUCCAUUCAUUCUACCGAAGGGCAGCCUCCCUUGGACAGCCUUUCCCCGGGUUGGGUCAUACCUGGCGGCCGAGCCUCUGCCGUGUCUGCAGUGUGCACCUGUGUCCUGCCAAAGAAAGGGGAGUUAACAAACAGAAACAAAAAAGCACAGAUGGAUCGCGUGCACAUGGAAAAUACCCGCAAGCCUAGGCAGCUGCCGUGAGCCUCGUGGGGACGGGGAGGCCCCUGGAGCCCUGCGCUCUUUGCCAGUGACGCAGGGAAGGCUCAGAGACAGCAGACAGAGUCUCUCUGUGCAGACAGCUCGCGGUGCCUUUUAGGUUUUCCAAAGAACCUAUUCAGAGCUCAGAGCGUUGGGUUUCUCUUCCCUUUGCCCCCAGACAAAUAAUUAGAGACUUUAUAAGAAGAAAAAGAAUUAGAUGAAUCAAAAUACCAGCUGUGAGGCAGCAUGGUUGCAAGAAACUCAAGAAAAGGCCACAAUAGGUAACAAUUUCCGUGAGGAGUUGGAGGCACUGGGGGCUGAAGGCAGUUUUCCUAGCUGAGGGGCUCAGGUCUCCUGACCCCAGAGGGCCCUGAGGACGGCUUGGGGCUCACCUCUUUUGCAAGACCUCCACACCUGCCCUCCUGGGUGCAGCCUGGCAUAUUCACCAGCCUUCUGGACCCUUGGAAAGAUUGUCGCUCAAACACUUACUCUUUUCCCAGAUACUCCUCUGGCUCCUUACUGAGGAAUUUCUAAUUCUGUGUCUUGUGGUUCCCACGCGACUAUCCCACCAGCCUAGACGUUUUAAUUAGAACUCGGCCUGUAGUAAUCACGAUGCUGGAAACUGACAGAAUAUUUGGCCUCAAAUACACCUACUUUAAAAUGAAGGUCCUGGAAGGUCCCCUUGGUCGGGGCGUGGUCAUGGAAUACGGCCAGGUUUGCCUUAGGGCACCCUCUCCCCAUUGUCUGCCCUGGUCCAAUUCCCUCUCCAUCACCAGGAAGAGAUCAAAAUGCUUCCCUGCCAGGUGUCAGUGGCUGUGUAUUUGCUCUUCCCAAGGGCAUUUGUGUUUUAUUUAGGAUGAGGCGUUACAUUCAAGGAAAAUCUAGUGGCAGGAUCAGGAGACAUCAGCUCUCCUUCAGGUCUGGGAGAUCAUCUUGAGGCAUUGCUCUCCUGAGCACCUGCAGAGGCUUCCUCAGGUGGGCGUGGGAGCCCCGCAGGGAAGCCUGCCCAGCCCUCCACGUGCACGUGAAUUCUGUAAAGCGGUGGGUGCCCAUCUGUUUGGACCACACGUGGCUGUCAGCAAAAACCUUGUGAGAUGCAUCCCCCCCCGUAUGUUUAUUAAUUUAAAGUAUAUAUUCAUAUACUUCUGUACUAAAACAUUAGGCACAUUUUUUAAAGUGCACAACAUAGAAAUUUUUAAAGAAUAAGAUACAAAAUAUUAUAGACAGAGGUUCUGGUAUUUUCACUCUGAAGCCCUGAGGGUUUGGGUGCCCCCUAGUAUUAAUAUGUGCACAGCCACUUUGGACACCAACCACCAUUUCAAGAGCAAAUCCUCACACCUUGACGGCAUCCAUCCCAAACUACUGUGCUGGCACUUGGCCUGAAGCAUAGGAAGGUCUUAAAGCAAAAUCCCCAGGAGAUUCUAAUCUGGGAGACAGGGCAAGCAAACUCUCAAAUAGAAUAAACUUAAACAAUUCAAAACCCCAUCCGACAGGAGAGUGGACUCCCUAGGCAGCAGUGGCUAUAGGUGCUAAGAAAAGAUCAGGUACACUGUACAGAGCCAUGGGGUUGCUCAUAUUCCCUCUCUGGGUCUCCAGAAAAGGACAUUUGGCAAUAUCCCCAGCUCUCUCAUGAUUGGAAUUCUUUGAACCCUCAAAGUUCUUCAGUAGUACUAUUAUUCCCCACAGCGCAAGUGGGUCCACGUCGCUUGAAUAUUAUUUCUGAUUUGACCACCAAGAUAUGAUGAUGAUUCUGUUUCAUUUGAAAAGGGUCUGAGAAGGUAUACAGGUCUAAUUAUAUAUACAUAUUUAUACAUGUGUAUUUUUGUUUAUUGUUACAUUUUGACAUUGGACUUUCUAUUAAAUAAUUUUUAACAGUU